AUGUCUGUAACGUCAGCGAGCGGCGGCGGCGGCGGCGGCGGCGGCGGGACUCGGCGCCCGUGGUAGUGCGGCUCGCCACGCGCCACGACAUGCCGCGCGUGCUCGACAUGAUACAGGAACUUGCGGAGUUCGAGGGAAUGCCGCAUGGGCCGCAGCUCUCCGUCGCCGAUCUGAUCGAAGACGGGUUUGAAGCUAAUCCGUCAUGGUUCUUCGGCCUGAUAGCGGAGUGCGGCGGCGAGGUGGUGGGGCACGCCCUCUGCAACCGCGCCUACUCCUCGUGGACGCGGCGCGCGUUCUACGUGGAGGACCUGUACGUGCAACCGAGCGCGCGGCGACGCGGCGUCGGCAUGUAUCUGCUGCACGAGCUCUGCCGGAUGGCGGUGCAGGAAGGCGUGCACCGUGUGGAUUGGCACGUGCUGGAGGAGAACGCUCAGGCGCUCGCUUUUUAUUCGCGGCUGGGAGCGCGUGACCUGCGUGUCACUGAGGGCCGCGCCGCCUUGCGCCUGGACCGUCCUCAGAUCGAGAGUCUGGCGCAACAACAGCACUGA